AUGAACACUGUCGUCAGCAUUCUCUCCGAAAUCAACAAUUGCUCCGUCUUGAUUGGCCGGUCGCGGUCGACUAAUCAAAAUCCUGCUUACAGUCAUCAUUUGAACAGGGCACCUCGUGCUUUGCAAGCCCAAAUAACAUUGCGCCAGUCCACUCAGUUCGUCGACGCUACAGUUCGCCUCGCCUCGCCUCGCCGCGUCGAAAUGGACAAUCUAACUCAAGCGUCGGGUGUCAACCAGAUGGAUCCGACGCAGAAUUUGUUGAUGAAACGUGAACUGCUGCGAGAACACCAAAUUCGAUGCUCCCGCAAAUAUGCUCAGGUGCACGAGGCCUUGCUUACUGCUCAUGUUCCUCAUGCAAGGGAGGAGGAAGCCCGGCCUCCAGCCAAUCCCAGCCAGGCGGUGCAGCCUGAAAGUGGGUUGCACACACAAAAGGUCCACGGUUUCGCCUCGAACAUACCACCCAACGUGUACACCAACACUGCCCACAUGGUGCUACUGCUGGCGCGGAAGAGGCCAGGCCUGCUGUUCGAUGCAUGUGGUUAA